AAAAAAUCCUUCACGUGCGGUUUUUCGGCGUUUCGUACAAAAGCUGAUAAGCGUAUCAGUUAGUUCCAGUUCUCGUCAAUUGCUCACCAGCGUUCGAGUCGUGCGGUUCUAGUGCUUUUCCUCUGCUUCGUUCUGAAAAAAAAACCGACUACAAGAUGUCCAAGCCCGAGUACAAGAUUGCUGACAUUAGCCUGGCCGAAUUUGGCCGCAAGGAAAUCAUGCUGGCCGAGAACGAAAUGCCCGGUCUGAUGGCCUGUCGGGCGAAGUACGGACCACAGAAGGUGCUGAAGGGUGCCCGCAUUGCCGGAUGUCUGCAUAUGACCAUCCAGACGGCGGUCCUGAUCGAAACGCUGGUCGAACUUGGCGCUGAGGUUCAAUGGAGCAGUUGCAACAUCUUCAGCACCCAAGACCACGCUGCCGCUGCCAUGGCCAAGGCCGGUAUUCCUGUGUACGCGUGGAAGGGCGAAACCGACGAGGAGUACAUGUGGUGCAUCCGUCAGACGUUGGUCUUCAAGGAUGGUCAACCGUUGAACAUGAUCUUGGACGACGGAGGCGAUCUGACCAACCUGGUGCACGCCGAAUACUCACAGUAUCUGAAGGGAAUCAAGGGAAUCAGCGAGGAGACCACCACCGGCGUGCACAAUCUGUACAAGAUGUUGAAGGAGGGCAAGCUGGGAGUUCCGUGCAUAAACGUGAACGAUUCCGUCACCAAGAGCAAGUUUGACAACCUGUACGGAUGCCGUGAAUCUCUGCUGGACGGUAUCAAGCGUGCCACGGAUGUGAUGAUUGCCGGUAAGGUUUGCGUCGUGGCCGGAUACGGUGAUGUUGGCAAGGGUUGCGCUCAGGCUCUGCGAGGAUUCGGUGGACGAGUUUUGAUCACGGAAAUCGAUCCGAUCAAUGCGCUGCAAGCGGCCAUGGAGGGCUAUGAAGUGACCACCAUGGACGAAGCCAGCAAGGAAGCACAGAUUUUCGUGACCACCACCGGAUGUACCGACAUCAUCAUGGGUGAACACUUUACGAACAUGAAAGACGAUUCAAUCGUGUGCAACAUCGGACACUUCGAUUGCGAAAUCAAUGUGGCCUGGUUGAACGAGAACGCCAAGGACAAGGUCAACAUCAAGCCUCAGGUCGAUCGUUACCUGCUGCCAAACGGAAAGCACGUUAUCAUUCUGGCCGAGGGUCGUCUGGUCAACUUGGGCUGCGCCACCGGUCAUUCCAGUUUCGUCAUGUCCAACUCCUUCACCAACCAGGUACUGGCUCAGAUCGAACUGUGGACCAAGCCGGACGAUUACAAGGUCGGAGUGUACGUUCUGCCAAAGAAGUUGGAUGAAGAAGUAGCCGCUCUGCAUUUGGACAAACUCGGUGUCAAGCUGACCAAGCUGAGCCAGCGACAGUCGGAAUACUUAAACUUGCCGGCCGAAGGACCGUACAAGCCGGACCACUACCGCUACUAAGUCGUCCUAGAAAGUAAGUUUUGUGCUGCUGCCAUCGUGGUUUGGAAUGAAAGU